GAUAGGCUAUGGUGUGUGUGUGCGCGCGUGUGUAAUCUGCAGCAGAUGACUUUUGGGGGAUGAGAGGGUCUAAAGAAAGCUAAAGUUUCCUCGGUUAAAGCCACUGCUUCGAUCUGCAUGGACAUCUCAGCUAAAAUGGCGAUCCAAGUGUGCUGUAGUUAAAUGCUAACUAAAUGUCUUUCAUCAAACAGUGUUGGAUCCGUAAUGGUUGCAUUAAAUCAUUUGCAUCCAAGGAGGAAUUUGGCGAAACUUGAAUGCAACAAAGGAAUGCGUUGAUUUGUUAAACGUGUUGUUUUGCGCUCCAGUGGAAUGGCAUAUUGGUUUUACUGCAGUUUUCUUUUGUCCUGCGGUGGAGUGCUGAUAUUUUUUGCGCCUGUUUGCGCAGUUUGUCCCGAGCGAUGCGAUUGCCAGCACGCGCAGCAUAUCGUUUGUGCAAACCGCGGUCUGCGCGCGGUGCCCAAAGCGCCGCACGUAGAGCGCGCGGGGGACGUUCGAGUUCUCGGCCUCGCGGGAAACUUCAUUCACAACCUCAGCGCGUUUGACUUCACGCGCUAUGGCAACCUCAUGAGGCUCAAUCUCCAAUACAACCAAAUACGGAAUAUACACACGAAAGCUUUCGAGAAACUCUCCAAGCUGGAGGAACUCUAUUUGGGGAACAACUUGAUCUCGACCAUAGAAUCUGGAACGUUACAGUCGCUUAAAAAAUUAACAAUAUUAUACAGUAACAACAAUGAAAUCAAAGACGUCAUUUCUGAAUCUUUUAGUCAUUUAAAUAGUCUUGUCAAACUAAGACUUGAUGGAAACGGUAUAGAGCUCCUAAAAGAGUCUGUCUUCAAAGGUCUCACAAAUUUAAUGUUUCUGCACUUAGAAUCCAACCAGCUUCGCCAUAUUGACAGAAAUGCGUUUUCCAGACUUAACAAAUUACAGUUUUUAAAUCUGUCAAACAACAAGCAGACGGAGCUCAGUGAUAUUUUCACGUUUUCCCAUCUGAAGUCCUUGGCUACUCUUCUGCUCGCAGGCAACGACAUAAGGUACGUUGGAAAUCACGUCUUCGAGAACUUAAAAAGGCUCACGAAAUUGUCUUUAAGCCGCAAUAAGAUAUCAAAAGUAGACAACGAGGCGUUGAAAGGACUCUCGCGCCUCAAAGAGUUUGCAGUUGACAGCAACGAGCUGACAGAGAUACCUGCAGGUCUACUGGAUCCACUCGAGCGCAUUGAACAUCUCGACUUCAGUGAUAACCACAUAACCCGAGUGGACCCCGGUGCUUUCAGUUUUCUAUCACACUUAAAAACCUUAAAACUGAAAAACAAUCUUCUCACGAAUCUUUCCGGUGGCAUUUUCACCACUAACGGUGUCCUGUUUCACGUGGAGCUGAAUGGGAAUAAUUGGACAUGCGACUGCCGAAUGGAGAAACUUAAAAGCUGGAUGACGCAAGCGCAUUCUCAGGGAAAACUGUUGAGCGCAUUUGUGCGUUGCCAUAGCCCACCUGCAUUGGCGGGAAAGUAUUUGGACUAUGUCAGCCAUUCUCAACUGGGUAAUCUUAGUGGUUAUUGUGAGUCUGCACAUCUGUCCCAGCCUAUGGAGAGCCGUGGAGUAGUGUUAAAAUCAUCGGUUCUCAAAGAGAGUAAAGGAAAGAAGAAUGUGGGGAUCCAAGGAGAUGAAGGAAAGCAAGGGCCUGCAACAACCAUGGGGAGAAAGAAGAGGAGGAAAUUAGCUAGCACAAGGCCUCGACCUACAACUGAAGAUUCUGGGAAUGUGAGGAAAACAGGCUUGUCAAUAGCAUACAGCACUGAUUUAUUGACUACCAAGGCAACUCUAUUGACAGCUGACAGUAUGCACAACCACAGCAACAACCAAGAGGACGUGACCCACUUUCCUUUCACCUCAAACCAACAGGAACAGUUUAACCUGCCCCUACAAGAAAGAUUGAAGCAUCACGACUCACAAACUGCAGUGAUUACAGAUGCUUGUCAAUUCAACCGUCACUCCAUCCUUAAUGUCAGCGUGGAAGAUGUCACAUCCAAUACGGCCACAGUACGCUGGAGCACAGCUCCCGACAUGGAACUAGUUAAUGGGAAAGAACUCACAUUCCGUAUUUUAUUUGACCGUUUCGGUCACGCUUUUCGUUUCCCACGCUAUGUUUACACAGAUGGAUCUGACAGGGCUGUGACCCUCCAGGAGCUAUGCCCGGACUCCACCUAUAUCACCUGUGUGGAGAGUGUGGUGGGUGGGGCUUUGUGCCAGGUAGCUCCUCGAGAUCACUGCACUGGAUUUGUAACCCUUUCACCCUCACUGAAAAGUGAGGUCAACAUGCAGCUCAUCACAGUUGUAGCUCUGGCAGCCAAUGCACUGCUUCUCCUCGUGGUGGGUGGAGUCUGGCUGGGGCGCUUGGUAAAGAGGAGGAUGAAAAGCAGGAAAUCAUCUGCACAUGCUCAUGUCCGUCACAUGUACUCUACCAGAUAUCCGUUUCGUUCUGCCAUGGCCACUACCUGCGUGUCUUCUGAAUUCAGUGGGUACCAGAGUGGCAGACAGCUGGCUGCUGAAGAAGGUGACCUCAUUCAGUUCCCCGGUGAACGUUUCUUUGACAACAGCCCUGUACGAAGGGAUGAUGAUGCCAUAAUGCUUAGAUACUCUGAUUAGAUGAGAUGCUCUUGUGUAUUUGUGUAUCUUGUAAACCUUACAAUGACUAUUGUCGGGUUAUUUUUUUGUUUUAGACAUUUUUUGCAUUUUGGCACUAAUGAUAAGUAACUACUACAUUAUAAUCAUUCAAAUUUGGUUUUCAAGGACAUGCAAAUGGAGGAAAGUGAUUUUCUCAACCAGUCUUUCAUAUUGUUUGUGAAAUCU